UGAAAGCAACGAUGUAAAAGACACUGCUCAGCUCCUCAUUUUUAUCCGAGGAAUUAACAAUACUUUUGGAAUAACAGAGGAGUUUUUGACAAUGGAGUCUCUGAAAGGAAAAACACGGGGAGAGGACUUGUAUGACUGGGUGUCUGCUGUCAUCGAAAAUAUGAAGCUCCCUUGGAGUAAACUUAUCAACGUCACCACAGAUGGAUCUCCUAAUUUGACGGGGAAAAAUGUCGGCCUGCUGAGGAGAAUACAGAAUAAAGUGAAAGAUGAAAAUCCUGACCAGGAUGUUAUUUUCCUUCACUGCAUCAUCCACCAGGAACCUCUAUGUAAAUCGGUAUUACAGCUGAAUCAUGUUGUGAAUCCUGUCGUAAAACUUGUCAACUUUAUACGUGCAAGGGGACUUCAGCACCGUCAGUUCAUCACGUUCCUGGAGGAAACUGAUGCGGAUCACCAGGACCUACUUUAUCACUCCCGUGUCCGCUGGUUAAGUUUGGGCAAAGUGUUUCAACGAGUAUGGGAGCUCAAAGAGGAGAUCGGUGCAUUUUUGGAGUUACUGAGGAAGGCCGGCGAAUUUCCUGAGCUGAGCAACAAGAGCUGGCUUUGUGACUUUGCGUUUGCUGUGGAUAUAUUUUCACACAUGAAUGAACUGAACGUGAAGCUACAGGGGAAGGAUCAGUUUGUGCAUGACAUGUACACAAACGUGAAAGCCUUUAAAUCCAAGCUGGCUUUUUUCUCCAGGCAAAUUUCGAAUAAGUUAUUCACUCAUUUUCCCACACUAGCCACGCUGGAAGAGGCCGGCGCAAAUGUGCAAAAAUACAGCGAGUCACUGGAUGCGCUGCACAGAGAAUUCUGCCUUUGGAGACUGUCGAAAGAGAAUAUGGCCUCUUAUUCCAAUAUGCAUCUGGAGGAAGCUAUGGACAGACUAGUCAGUGCAGGAAUUAAAAUGUUUGGCCACUGUGAGAUACUGCAGUUUGCAGCAAAUGGGAUGAACGUGCUUCACAAAGUACCCCUCCAAUCUGUGUCGAGUCUUACUGAUAUCAAGGGUGCCACACUAGAAGCACCAAAUACAAUAAAUUACACCAAUGGCUUUUCAUAUGAAGCACUGCCUCAUCUGGAAGAACUGUUUGGAGCCCUGAAUAGUGGUGAGGGAGCAGGUGCAGGGGCAAGUGUAACAGUUAACAUGGUUGUAGGGAUAAAUGCCUGGAGAGUGAUCGAUGGGGAAGGAUGA